UGACGCAGACACGAGCUGUGAGUCUCCCGCCAUUCUUCCUCAGCGCUUCUACCUCAAUCAGUCUCCUCUACCAGGGCGGGAAGUCUCUCAAACCACAUGUCACAUGACACAUUACAGAGUCAUGUGACCGUGAUGUCAUCAAGGUCCUACUACCGGAUGGGAAGUAUCUAGAAGCGGUGACAAUUACACAUCCGUGCUCCCGGCGGACGGCAUGUCUGCCCCGGUGGACAGAGGGAAGCUGGACCGUGCUGGGGACCUUCACGGGAAGAGGCUGGAGGAGCUCACGGAGAUGUUGGAGCGUCAGGAGAAGCUGCUGAGUAAUAGAAAUUUUAUUGCUAAGCUUCCAGACCGAGGCAAAAAGAUUUUGGAUUACUCUGAAAAAAUACGAGCAGCUAUUGCCAAACAUAAUAGACAGAAAGAGGCAACGGAUCUUCUUUCAUCAUUCAGGUUACAAUUUCAGGAACAGCAAUGUAAUUUAAGAGAGAAUGCCGAAUCCUCAGAAGAAAGGGACGUGUCCCCAACUGUGGCACAAGGUAAUAAGAGCUCAUCCAGUCAUACUAAUGCCAUGGACACAAAGAUCACAGAUGACCUGAACUCUCCUGCCUCUGUGAAAAUCAAUGAAGAGACUUGCAGUAAUGACUCUCACACAGAUGAGAACUUGGUAGAUGAUCUAGCAAAGAACCUAAAGAUGAUUAGUAUUAAAGAAAGUGGCGACAACACCAACAAAGACUCCUCAGAGACUUCUGUAUAUGAAAAGACGGACACCUGGCCUGGUAGUGGAGGAGCAAAGAAAUCUCAUUCUAUUGAAGUUAUAGAAAGAAGGUCACUGAGCCCAGUCCAAAGGAAGGAAAAAUUCCGAACUAACAGAUUGCCAUCAGACUCAAACAGCUCAACUCCGAAUCAGUCACCAGGAGAUAAAGCUCUUAGAAUGUCUCCGGAACAGAGAAAAUUAUAUGACAGAAAACAUCUGGAUGACAUCACUGCUGCUAGACUUCCACCACUUCAUUACUCUCCAGCCCAGUUACUACCUCUGGAUGAAUCUCUAACACUUCAGAUAGUGCAGAAGAAAACUUAUGAGGAAAAACAAGCUAAGCAUGCAGCACAGAAACUUUUUGAGAAGCUGAAUGUAAAAAUAGGGCCUUUUAAUCCUGAAGGGGAUUCAUACAUGAAAUACCGAGAUCACAGAGAUGAUGACCAGUUUGGAGCUGGAGAAUAAACUGCAGGUAGAUUUGUGGUGUGAAAACCACCAUGAAGACUUGGACUGUCUACCUAUCAAUGUAUCACCCCGGCCUUAUAUACAUGAAGAUGACACAUUGUUGCUAUGGGAAAUGUAUAAACUGUACUGUAUGCAGUAUGACUAGGCAAAUGGAAGUUCACUGUGCAUUUUAUGCUUACAAAUAUGUUUACUUUGGGUGCAACCUAGUUCCUUAAUAAGCACAUUCAUGGAGGCACCACUAUUAUACAUGCAAUUUAGUGAAACAUUGCCCUUUUGGCUAGAGUUAUUACUUUAAGGUAUCUAAACAUACAGUAAUAGCCGUAAAUGUUGGCACCCCUGAACUUUUUCAAGAAAAUUAAGUAUUUCUUACAGA